AACACCAGCGGGUGGGGUGUAUUGAAGUGCGAGUACCCGGAGCGGGAAGUGUCCGUGUCCGUGUCCGUGUGUCCUGAGCGGGGGGUCUGGGGGUCUGCACGAUGAGUGAGCUGAACCUCGAGUACCAGGGGGUCAUCUUUCCGGCCCAUGUCCACUCGGUGGACAGCCUGAGCUACAGCCGCGACCACUUCCAGGUGCGGGACGAUGACCUGUUCGUCGCCACAUACCCCAAGUCAGGCACAACAUGGAUGCAAGAAAUAAUUCCUCUGAUCUACAACAGCGGGGAUCUGACACCAGUCCUGACCAUUCCAAACUGGCGCAGGGUCCCCUGGUUAGAGCAGGUUACCGCUAAAGGCCUACUGGAGGAGAGACCAUCACCUCGAUACAUGGUAACGCACCUUCAUCACAACAUGAUGCCGAAGACCUUCUACUCAUCAAAGGCCAAGGUAAUAUACGUGGCCCGCAAUCCAAAGGAUGCCCUCGUGUCCUCGUAUCAUUACCACAACAUGGCCACGUUCCUGGAUGACCCAGGCACUUUUGAGGAGUUCAUUGACACCUUCUUGGAAGGAAAGGUGAUGUUUGGCUCCUGGUUUGACCACAUUCGGAGCUGGUGGCCGUUAAAGGAUAAGGAUAACUUCUUGUUUCUAACCUACGAAGAUAUGUUGAAGGACAUGCGGGGGGCUCUGGUGAAACUCGGGGCCUUCGUGGACAGGCCUCUGAGUGAGGACACAAUGGAGGCGAUUGCAAAUCAAUGUAAAUUCACCAACAUGAAGCAGAACAACAUGUCCAACUACAGCUUUGUACCCUUGGAACUGAUGGAUCAAAAGAAAGGCAACUUUUUAAGAAAAGGCAUUGCUGGUGAUUGGAAGAACCAUUUCACCGCAGCCCAGACUGAGCAUUUUAAUUCCGUGUUCGCCCGCCGAAUGGAAGGAUUAAAUUUCCCGUACUACCGAGACUGACGGAGCAAGGAUCGCUCGUCCAGGACUGCAGACUUCGCAAAACCUGUACUCACUGUACUCACUGCCGCUAAAGCUUGAUUCUGUUCGCAAAGAAAUAUGAUGUUUCAAUCAGUGUUGCCUUACUUUGACUUGCCCUUGUUUCUGUACUACUGUGAUGUAGGCCGAAUGAUACUAAUAGCAUCAUCCAGCUGGCUGUUGUUGCUUGAAGAUAGACACGGUGGCGCAGCGGUAGAGUUGCUGCCUCACAGCGAAUUCAGCCCCGGAGACCCGGGUUCGAUCCCGACUUCGGGUGCUGUCUGUACAGAGUUUGUACGUUCUUCCCGUGACCUGCUGUGGGCUUUCUCC